AUGCUCUGCGGUCAGAGUCUGAGCCAUCAGUCAGCUUCGAAACAGGCAGGACGAGUUCUCGUUGAGUUUCAUGAACUCUUGAAGGAGCCGAAUCUCAAGAAGAAGCCGAAUGUCUUGAAGGUGCCGAGAUUUAUGCGAUAUCUUGGUUCGUGGCGCGUUCUAGCUCUGGCCAGGAAACCCCAGACAAGCAUUGUUCAGCGGACCCUGAACUGUCCGCCGGCGCUCGUUCCUCUCACCCCGGCAAGAUGUGCUACCACUGCUGUCACCCCUGACAGCUCACCAAUUCCCCUGGCUGAGCCCGUAUACACGCCGCCGACGGCGGGCAUCCUCUCUGUUCUGCCGAAGUCAUGGGUCCCCUACGCAGAGCUCAUCCGUAUCGACAAGCCGACCGGCACCUACUACCUCUUCUUCCCCUGUCUCUUCUCAACGCUCAUGGCCGCACCGAUGGCCAUGCCCAUGGCCAGCCCCCUGUCCGUCCUGGGAACGACACUCCUCUUCUUCUCCGGCGCUCUCAUCAUGCGCGGCGCCGCUGUUCGCGGGUCUCGGCACCUCCUCUCCUUCCCGCUACAGUGCCUCUACUACGGGAUCCCGAGCCUACUCUUCGUCGCCUCGUACCCCCUCGCCAAGCGCGUCACCUACUACCCUCAAGCCGUUCUCGGCCUGACCUUCUCCUGGGGCGCCUUCAUGGGCUUCCCCGCCCUCGGCGUCGACCUGCUCGCCAACAGCGCGGCGCUGACGGCCGCCGCCUGCCUCUACUCGUCCAACAUUGCCUGGACGGUGCUGUACGACAUGAUCUACGCCCACAUGGACAUCAAGGACGACGCCAAGGCGGGCAUCAAGAGCAUCGCCCUCAAGCACGACGCCGACACGAAAAAGGUCCUCACGGGCCUGGCCGCUGUCCAGAUCGGCCUGCUCGGCGCCGCAGGCGUUGCGGCCGGGGCUGGCCCUGCCUUCUUCGUCGGCAGCUGCGGCGGCGCGCUCGUGACGCUCGGCAUCAUGAUCAAGCGCGUCAAUCUCAAGAGCGUCAAGGACUGCUGGUGGUGGUUCGUCAACGGCUGCUGGAUCACCGGCGGCGUCAUCAGCAUGGGCCUCGGCGUGGACUACGCUGUGCGGUACGCCGCCGACGACGAAGACAACAAGGCGAUUGUACACUAG